CACAAUUUUACGUUUUAGCUUGCUUGCCAGCUAGCUAUCCAAAUGUAUAUGUAAAAUGUGUAUUGUCUGAAUAAGGUUGGAAAGAUAUGAAUAAAGGGAAGUGUCUAAUAUGAUGUAACGUUAACGUUGUUCCGCGACAAACUUCGGAUAAAUAUUUUUUUUAAGCGCUGACCACUGGCACGGACACGCGGGAAGAACGCGCGGAAACAGGACAUGACAUGACAGGAGGAUUGUUUGCUACAAGAGACAUCUACCAGUUAGCUAGCAAGUAGCACGCAAACAUUUUAUUUCCAGUCAACAUACUUGGAUUAGUUGGUUGAGACAAUCCUAUCCCUCAAUAAUGGAGGAAUACAAGGAGAAUAUUCAAGACAAGGGUGACAAUGUGAAAUUGUCUUCUAAACCCGAGGAAGAUGACAAGUCUUGCAACAAGGUGUGUAGUAACAUUGGUGAACCUGUCCCUCAAGUAUCUUCUACUCGUGGCGAGUUCAGUGAUCCUGUUUACAAAGAGAUUGCUCUUGCAAAUGGACAGAUCAACCGCAUGAACAAGGAUGAGCUUCGGUCUAAACUGGCAGAGUGUAAGCUUGACACAAGAGGUGUGAAGGAUGUGAUGAAGAAGCGGUUGAAGAACUACUACAAGAAGCAGAAGCUGUCUUUGAUGCAGUCUGUGACAGAGGGUGGACCAACUGAUGCCUACUACGACUUCAUCUGUGUGGUGGACUUUGAGGCAACGUGUGAACAGGACAACCCCCUUGACUUCACGCAUGAAAUCAUUGAGUUCCCAAUGGUCCUGUUCAACACCCACACUUUAGACAUUGAGGACAGCUUUCAGGAAUAUGUCAGGCCAGAAGUCAACACACAGCUGUCAGAGUUCUGCAUAAAGUUGACAGGGAUAACACAGAAAAUGGUGGAUGAAGCAGACACAUUCCCCAAUGUUCUUAAGCGGGUGGUGCUUUGGCUUCAGGAGAAAGAGCUUGGCACAAAAUACAAAUAUGCCAUUCUUACAGAUGGAUCUUGGGACAUGAGCAAGUUCAUGAACACCCAGUGCCGUUUAAGUCGGCUCAGAUAUCCACAGUUUGCAAAGAAGUGGAUCAACAUCAAGAAAUUCUACGGAAACUUCUAUAAGGUCCCUCGUACCCAGACCAAGCUGAGCAGCAUGCUAGAGAAGCUGGGACUUCAAUACGAGGGCCGCCCUCACUCUGGCCUGGAUGACUCGCGCAACAUUGCUCGCAUUGCGCUGCGCAUGCUGCAGGACGGCUGCCAACUGCGCAUCAACGAGCGCAUGCACGAAGGACAGCUGCGGACUGUGCCCAGCUCUGCCCCCGUGGAAGGAGCCCCACCCCCACAUACUCCUCGCAGCAGAGACUAGCCCCCCACCUCGACUUCAGCUCCACAUCCCCUGGCUCUGACUUCCACAUUGGGGCCUUCAAGCAGGCAUCCCGUGUCUGUUUUACUCCCAUGACUUGAAAAUAAUACAUAGCAUUUUUCCCACUCAAUCUGAGUCUACUUUUUGUCCCAAAUUGUGGGACUCUGGAUAGUUUUUUAAUUUUAUUAGUAGUGCCACUUACCACAAUAAAAAUGUUGUUUCU